UGGUCACUGCUUUACCAAAAGAUAAUUUUUGUACUUGCUACUUACUUCAUGUAGAAAGCGGAAGAAUUUUUUCGGUUUUGUCUAGUAUCUCGAUUCUCUCGUCUAUGUACCUGAAUCAGAACUGGCACUGACGUCUGAAAGAAAAGCAUAUAAAGUGGGAAAAAGUGAGAAGGAAAAGGUGGAAGUGAAAAAAACCGAAUUUUUAAUUCUUUUGAGAAAAUGGCUGACCACAGAGAACGAGACUCCUAUUAUUCACAGACAGAUCCACGUUCUAAAAAUGACGAUCCACCAAAUUCACGUUUGUUUGUUAUUUGUCACAAGAGCCUGGAAGAGGAUGAUCUCAGGAAGGCAUUCGAGAAAUUUGGAAAAAUCGAAGAUAUAUGGGUCGUCAAGGACCGCAAUACCGGAGAAAAUAAAGGAGUCACGUACAUAAAAUUUUCAAAAACCUCCGAAGCGGCUUUUGCACUCGAAGAAAUGAAUGGAAAAAUGUUGGGAUCUGUGGGACGUCCCAUCAAAGUCAUGAUCGCAUCAAACCGAGAUCAAGGAUCAGUUCGGGAAACGAAUGAGGAAGAGAGAUGGGUCCGUCUAUUCUGUGUAUUACCAAAAUCCAUGAAUGACCACGAAUUGCAAAAUGAAUUCGCCAAAUUCGGACCAAUUGAAUACGUAACAGUGGUGAAGGAUAGAAAUACAAGCGAGUCAAAAGGCUUUGGUUACGUGAAAUUCAAGAAAGUAUCUAGUGCGGCGAGAGCCUUUGAGGAAUGCGAUCGAAAGUACAAGGCUGUAUUUGCUGAGCCAAAGAAGCCAAAACCAGAUCACUCAGACACUAAAUACAACAACGGCAUGUCAGUGCCAUACGAGAAUAUAAGUAAUAAUUAUGGCUCAUCGAAUUUUGGUAAGAGUGCAAUUGGUCUCGAGAUCGCAACAAAUUAUCAGAAUCCAGAUGGAUACACAAGACUGCAAGUUAUUGCUCAUCCUGCACUAAAUCAGGAUCAAUUGUGGAAAUUAUUUGAUAUAGUCCCUGGUUUGGAUUAUUGUCAUUUGAAGACAGACGUCAGAUACAGGAUGCCUCGUGGACAGGCAACAGUUGUUUACUCGCAUCCAAGUGCUGCUGCAUACGCCCGAGAAAAAUUUCAUGGAUUUGAAUAUCCACCUGGUCAUCGCAUGAUCGUCAAGCCCGAUAUGGCGGGUUUGACGCCGCAAAAAAAUACUGUUAAACCAGGUGGAUCAAGUUUAACCGGUAUAAGUACAAGAACCGAUCUGGCGCACCUAGCGGAAACAAUUGCACAAGCUACGUCGUUAAUACAGGCCGCUGGACUAACGGCUCCAAGCUUGGAGCACACGAUCUCUCUGAAACUUCCACCUGUACAACCAAUGGCGAGUAUAGAUGCUGAAGUCGAGAAGAGGUGUUUCAUAGUCUGUGGACCACCUGUCCCUCCGAUUUACGCGAUGAAAGAUGCUUUCUGCAGAUUUGGCAAUCUCAUUGACGUCUACAUGCUUCCGGGUAAAAAUUGUGGAUAUGCAAAAUAUGCGAGUGUUGAAAGUGCGAAUAAAGCUAUUGAGAUGCUCCACGGUCAAGAGAUUUGUGGUUCUCGAUUGAAAGUUUUGGAAGCUGAGGAACGCAAUGACGACCGACGCAAACGUCUGCGAAUGGACGAGGAAGAGCACUAGAGUCUACGCUUUAUAUUUGUUGUGUGUCACACUGACUGGUUAAACACAAGCUGGACGCACGCAACAAUGAGACUAUAUAAAAUAUGCAUAUUAACGAUAAUUUUUAAGACUCACUUGACCUCCGUCGGGCCAGCAACAGAGGAAAAUUAUCUACAACAAAAUAUUCACUAUUUUAAAGAACUGUUCUCAUAUUUUUUUAUUCCUUCACAAAUCUAACAUGGAGAUACUCCAAAAUUACUUCACUAUCUCAUUUGCAACACACACAUCCGCUGUAUUUUCUAUUUGUUAUUCAAAUAGGCCUGUGCGAAGACUGAUUUUUUUUAGUGAUCUUUUAUAGAUUUUCUUCACGAAAAAGCAAAUGCGAAUUAAAAAAUACUGUCUCGAUAAAUUGACGCUCGUCAAAUACCGGUUGUAUUUUGGAAGGGAAAACUAAUAACGAGAAACAUAAAAUGCUUUUCACAAAACCAAAAAAAAAAAAAAAGGAUAAAAAUUUGUGCAAAUGAAAAACGUCCAGAAUAUAUUUUUAUACAACAAAUAAAAGUCCGGCUGAAUAAAUGCGAGGUAAAUUAACGUACUAAUUGGGUGGAAAAAAAAGAGUAUGAAAAAUAAAUAAUUAUGAAUGCAGAUGAGGUUUCAGUUUUAACUCUACAUUGUUCGCACAGGCUUUCAUGUCUAGCCUGUGUUUCAAACUGUAUCCUUUGUUUAUUGUGUAGAAAAAUAUGCAUGUUGCCUUUAGAAUCGUCAAGUAUUCAAACUGAAUAUCUCAAAAUUUUUUUGUAGGUAAAUACAAAACAUGUCCCAGACAGAAAAUUCAACUGUAAUGAAUUUUAUAAAAAAGAUCCACUGUUCAUUUUAUUUACGCCAAGUACAACAAUUCGGAGACUAAUUAACCGAUUCUGGUAAUUAAUAAUACCGAUCGUGCCUCUCACAAGAAGUCGGAGCCAAAAUUUCAUUAUUCCUGGUCGGAUUUUAUUUAAGCUAUCGUGUUUAGAGGCUUUAGCUUUUACUUUCGAGAUAAAUAAAAUUGAGGGAUUCAUUGACACACACGAUCAUUUCUCACCAAGUCUCGAAUUCCUUUUCUCGAAUUCUUCGAGGCCGCUCCCACAACGAAUUAAAAUUUUCGAAGGAAUAUUCCAUUCAAGAGUAAAAAAAAUGAAAUAAUUCCCAUUGAGACAGUAGCACUUCCCGAAUAAAUUUAUUCUCGGCGUUGUUUCAGCUAUAAUUAUUUACUCAUAUCAAUUGUACACGUAGUAGCUUAAGUAUUAAUUUGUACCAGAAAAUUGGCGUAACGUUUCAGUAAAAUUCAAUGGAUCAGACUUAUUUCAUUUUCGGCUGAAACUAAUUUGUAAAUUAAAUGUCGUUACUCCGAAUGGAGUAAUCGUCUAUUUUUUUGGUCAAUAAUCUGAUCAAACCCACGAAUUUAUCAAUUUUAAUAACAAAAAAAAAAGCGAAAGGAGUGUAUAAUAUUUCCAUAACCGAAAUACCAUGGGAAUAAUUAAAAUCCAACGACAAACAAUAAAUCCGUAAGUGGAACCCGUAAUUUUUUGUUCAGUAAACAAUGGAAUGAUUUCCUCUCUUGACAUAAAAAAAAAAACUAAUGGACUGUAUGUUGACUGUAACUGGAAUGUUGACAUAAUGAAAAUACACUGAAUAUGAAGGCAAUUAAAUAAAACCUUUUCUCAAAUAGA